CCAGCAGAACGAAGAGCACGACUAGGGGAGUAUGGAGUCAACAUCUCCAAUAUAUAAUGAGGAGCCUGACCAUGCAAGGCUCUGAAGGUGAGAACUAAGAUCUUAAAAUCAAUCCUGAAUUUCACAGGGAGCCAGUGUAACUCUGAUAACACGGGAGUGAUGUGUGAUCUCUUUGAGGUUCUUGUCAAAAGUCUAGCUGCUGAGUUUUGGACUAAUUGCAAUUUUCUAAAGACAGUCUGAUUCAGACAAGCAAAAACAGAAUUACAAUAGUCCAGCCGCAAAGAUAUAAAUGCAUGAAUGACUGUUUCUAAGUCUUAUAAGGACUAUAUCAACUUCUGUGCAGAGAACAUCGUACCGACCAGGAAAGUACGGUGUUUCUCUAACAGCAAACCCUGGGUGUCCCUGGAACUGAAGGCCCUGCUGAAGGAGAAGAGGAGGGUCUUUGGAUCUGGGGACAAAGAGGAGCUGAGGAGGGUGCAGAAGGAGAUAAAGAAGAAGAUCAAGGCGGACAAGGCCAGCUACAGGACCAAGAUGGAAUCUCACCUGCAGGACAAUAACACAAGGGAGGUCUGGAGAGACCUGAGAUCCAUCUCUGGUUACAGCAGAGGCCAUGAGAGGGGAGCUGCAGCAGGAGGCCAGGAGUGGGCCAAUGAGCUGAAUCUGUUCUUUAACAGAUUCGACUCUGCUCCCACUCCUCCCCCCUCUCAUCAAAGCACCGACCAGCCAGCUCCUUCUUCACACCUCAGCUCUCUACCACCAACACCACCAACAGCACCCCUCCUCCCAUCCCCGUCUUCUACCACCUCCGGACUUCACAUACAGCCCCAUCACCCCUCCUCGUCUCACCCCCCACCAUCACCCCUCCCCCUGCCACCCUCCCCCUGCCUCUCCAUAACAGCUGAUCAGGUGAGAAGUGAACUUAAAAAGAUCAAGACCAGGAAAGCUGCAGGUCCUGAUGGAAUCAGCUCCAGACUCCUUAGAGACUGUACAGACCAGCUCUGUCAGGUGCUGCUGCACAUCUUUAACCUGAGCCUGAGUCUGGAGAGGGUUCCUCUGUUAUGGAAGACUUCCUGCCUGGUUCCUGUCUCUAAGACCAGGAACCCCAGGGAGCCUAACCACUUCAGACCUGUGGCCCUCACUUCUCACCUGAUGAAGACCAUGGAGAGGAUCGUCCUCAGGAACCUCCGUCCCCAGGUGAGCCAGUAUCUGGAUCCACUGCAGUUCGCCUACCAACCGAACAUUGGAGUGGAUGAUGCAGUGGUCUACCUGCUGCACAGAUCACUGACUCACCUGGAGAAACCCAGCAGCACUGUGAGCAUCAUGUUCUUCGACUUCUCCAGUGCUUUCAACAAUCCAGCCUUCUCUGCUUAGGGUGAAGCUUGAAGGAGCGGGAGUAGACUGUCACCUGGCUGCUUGGACCAUCGACUACCUCACCAACAGACCACAGUACGUGAGGCUUCAGGACUGUGUGUCUGAUGUGGUAGUCAGCAGCAUGGGGGCCCCACAGGGGACAGUGCUCUCCCCCUUUCUCUUCACCCUGUACACAUCGGACUUCCACUACAACUCUGGGAGCUGUCACCUCCAGAAGUUCUCCGAUGAUACAGCCAUUGUUGGGUGCGUAUCUGAAGGGGACGAGCGGGAGUACAGGAUGGUCAUCUCUGACUUUGUGGACUGGUGUGAGCGAAACCAUCUGCAGCUCAACGCCAGUAAGACGAAGGAGAUGAUCGUGGACUUCCGCAGGAGGAGGACACCCCGGACUGCACCGGUGAACAUCCAGGGUUUGGACAUUGACAUGGUGGACACAUACAAAUACCUGGGUGUUCACCUCAACAAUAAACUGGACUGGACACACAAUACAGAGGUCCUGUACAAGAAGGGCCAAAGUCGUCUCCACCUGCUGAGGAGACUGAGGUCCUUUGGAGUGUGCAGGACUCUGCUCCGGACAUUCUAUGACUCUGUGGUAGCGUCUGCUAUUUUCUAUGCAGUGGUCUGCUGGGGAGCAGGGAGCACUGAAAGGGACAGAAAGAGACUAAACAGACUGGUCAGGAGGAGGUUCUGUCCUGGACUGUUCCCUGGACUCCAUAGAGGAGGUGGGUGAGAGGAGGAUGUUGUCAAAGCUCACAUCCAUCAUGGACAAUCCCUCUCACCCACUGCAUGACACUGUGGGGUCUUUAAGCAGCUCCUUCAGCAGCAGACUGAGACAUCCACCCUGCAAGAAAGAGCGCUAUCGCAGGUCCUUCAUCCCAUCUGCUAUAAGACUUUACAACAUCAGCAUCACUGGCUGAUGUUAACAUAAACUGGACUAUAUCAUUACCACCCCAAACCAUAAAAUUUGCACUGACAUUCUUGCACUGCACAUCUCUGCACUUUUAAACUUUAUUUUUAUUUUUAUUUUUUCUGUUAAAAAAUUUUGCCACCCUUGUAUAUAUUGUAAAUAAAGCUGCUGUAACAAUGUAAAUUUCCCCUGGAGUGGGGAGAAAUAAAGAACUUUAUCUUAUCUUAUC